AUGUCCACAGCUAUCGCCGCGUUAGUCAAAAAGGGUAUCCUGGCCCCCGACGCUAUCCUCAACAUACUUAGCCAAAGAAUCAAGGAUUUUGGUAUCCUAAGGGGCGAGGAACUACCACACCUUCGCAAGACUUUCAACUCUCUCUGCACAAACGACAAUGGCACAGAAAUCAUCACCCGGUCCACCUUCAUCUCUUUCCUCCAGACCGCCGGAGUCCUACCACCAUCCAUGGCACAAGCAGGCGCUCUGGUUUACAACAGCCUUCUAUACCUUUCUCAAGCACCAUUCUAUGACUCCCUGCCCACAUACUUGACAUUCGAUGGCCUCCUCAGAGCACUUGUCUGGACCGACUCCGAACGCUCCAGACCCGUCUAUGAAGAAAGCAUCGAUACUCGAACCAGAGCACCGGCUGAUACCCGUCGCCUCAUUUUUCAAAGUCUUGCAACAACUUAUGACGGCAAGAAAUUGCCCUUUGACGCGGAAUUCGCGAAGAUGCAGGCUGAGCGCAGGGCGUUUGAUUUCACUAGUGUAUUGGACGGGGACAGUUGAAAGGUAUAUGCCAAGAC